AAAUGACAAUAACAAUGUUUUCGUCAUUUUCGGCUAAUACUAGAUCUGAACUUUUUACAUAGUCCCUACUCAGGCAACAACGCGCAAGAUGAUGAAACGUUUCAAAAUAAAACAUUAGAAUCGGUACUUUAGUUUUAUUACAAUGCUUCACAAUCUGAUACGUCAAUAAAAUUAACCGAUCAAUAAACAAUGAGAAUAUCAAGCCAUUUGUGGAAAAUGUCAUUCCGAGCAGACGUCAAAGAAAAAGUAAGACGCGUUAAGUUAAAAAAUGAACUUAGUGUACAAAGUAAUAAAACGAAAAGGCGAAACAGUAAACUUUGUGUACACAGUUGAACAUGAUCACAUGCUACGCAAAACAUGUGGUGACCUGACGUUGUGCGUCACACCGCGGGAAACGACAACAGAGCGGCAGAGAGCUACGCAAAGUGCGCAUGUUUAUUUCAUAUAUGAAAUACUGAAGUUUAUAGUUUAUCAGAACUACUCCCUUGUCGAAGCAUUGGUUUUUCACACUGAGCAAUGAAAACACAUUCAAUUCCCGCUUCUUGUUUGACCUGAGUACCGCAGGGAGCAAAAGCUAUCAAAACACCCAGAAUGCAACUCUUAAAUUAAGCUUCUGUGACUGAUACCAUAUAUAUUGCUCCAGAAAAAAAUGUCAGACUCGAGCACAGGUUCUGCUGGAGCUAUAAAGGCAAUAGACAAACAGUCUGUGCAUCAGAUCUGCUCUGGACAGGUGGUGCUGAGUCUGGCCACAGCUGUGAAAGAGCUGGUGGAGAACAGCAUUGAUGCAGGUGCCACUAAUGUCGAUGUCAAGCUAAAAGACAAUGGAAUAGAGUUGGUGGAAGUUUCCGACAAUGGAAAAGGCGUUGAGGAGCAAAACUUUGAGGGACUAAACAAGUUGUCUUGUGAACAUCAGAGAUAA